AUGAAGGGGCUUGGAUCAACUUCUAAUGAAGCCCUAACUCAAUCAUUGGUCGAUCAGCUGAGAGCAAUGAUGGAGCAGAGAAUGGGCAGUGGUAGCCGACUCAGUGGCCAGCAACUGCAACCCCCCUCUUUGGCACUAUCAGACAUGCUAUCUCCGUCGAAUCUUGCUCCCCUCUUUGAACCAUCGAACUCUACGCUUCUGUCGGCGCUACAAGACUAUCUACCACCGGAUAUCCCGUCAGAUCCAGAUUCUACGACCGAAGAUACGCUCCGCCGUGUAAUCCAAUCUGGUCCGUUUCAGUCCACAGUGCGUCAAUUGGAUCGGGCGUUCAAUACCGGCCUCCUCAGUAGACUCAUGCCGGGCUUUGGGCUGCCCGAAGAAGCUGGCUUGAGCGUAGAGGCCUUUCUCAAGGCAAUCCAUGAUAAAGCCAAACGCGAGGAACACGCCUCGCAACCACAAGAAUAA